AUGAUUUCCCUUAAAAAAAGAUAUGUAUCAUCAUCUGAUCCUGAAAGUCCAGAUUUAUUAUCGGGAAUAGAUCCAAAUAGUUCAGUAAUAGAAGCUCAAAUUAUACAGCGUCGUUUAAAAGACGAUAAUAUUUCAAAUUUAGACGAACUGAAAUCGAAUACAGCUGAUAUUGCGUUUCUAAAAUUGAACCAUCCAGCACCACAUUUACAAUUCGAUUCUUUUUUUGAUCCCAAAUUCAGUUCCUUAUCAGAUGUUGCUCCAGUCAAGUGCAAAUUGUUUUUAGCUGGAUAUAAUGGACAAUUAUAUGAUUCGAAUGAUUUAAAUCCAUACAAAUAUACAAACGGUUUUGAACUUGUAACCAUUGAUAAAUUGAAUUACCUUUGUAACGUUAAUAAUAAGUCUAAUUCAAUCGGAUAUUUGAUUCAAGAAUCAUCUUCCAAUAGCUAUUAUGGAAUGCACAAUUGUUCAACGUUAGCUGGUUCGAGUGGCGCUGUUAUAGUGGAUUCAAUAGGACGAUUUAUAUGCAUUCAUAUAGGAAUUGCUAAUUCAAGAAUUUCAAGGAAAAAUGAAAUUGUUUAUACUCAAGACACGUUUAACAAGUUUAUUCACGUUGGCUCAACAGCAUUUAACACAUUUAUUGAUGAAGCUAUUAUCCCAAACAUUAGCAAUGAUCAAUUAAAACAAAAAUGGAAAUUUAUUUGA